AUGGCCGACAAACGACAAAGUCUUGCAGCUGCUUGUGAACAGGCUGCUAUUGCUCUCCGUUCAAUUCAAAGUAUAACCAGCGAAGAUGUUCAACGGAUUGCUGCAACUACGUCUAAUACUUCAGAUGCAGAAGCAGAGAAUCUAACGUCUAUCCGAGCUGAAUUGGCGCAAAGGUUUCCAAGCUAUCGCCCAUCGCCAUCGGCAUCCGGAUCUGGAAUUUCUGUUCAAGGCAAACAUAGCGAUUCAAAUAGACAAAACAAGAAAAGAACGUGGACUACUAGAACAACAACCAAAAGAGGAAGACCUAGUACAUCUAAUAUUGUCUAUAGAGAUUUAGUGAUCAUUCCCAAUCCUGAAACGACAAAGGUCCCCACACAUAAGGCUCGUGUAGCACUUGAAAAAAAUAGACUUAUCGUGUCAGGUUUUCCCUUUGACCGAUCUUGGGAUGCUGCCACCUUAAAAUGCAACAUUGAGCUACAACUACCAAAACGUCAUGUGCUUUUUGAGUAUAUGAAGGCAUGUUAUGGAGAACUUGUCAAACCCAAGUUUGCUAAUGGAUGUUCAAUAAAUGCAGAUGCUUUGCUGAAAGUCUCUGGACAAGGUGCUGUGUAUGUUCGUUUAUUGGAAAAGCAUGCUGUGUUUGAGUUAGAUUGUAGUUCUUCUGACUCUGAUGGUGAAAGCCUUAUUCAAACUACAAUGAAUGUCUAUACAAGUCGUGCUAAUGACAACAAUUAUCAGGAGGAAUUGUCAACACCAGUCACAACACCAACUAUUAAGAGCUCUUCCUCUGAGAAUUAUCAAACACCAUUUGAAGGUAGCAUACAUAUUUAG